GUAUAUAGUAAGUGGAACCCCCCCCUCCCCGGUGGGCCCCAAUUUUUAAUUCCUAUGUUAUGUAUAUCUUUGCAAAACAUUUUGUGUGACUACCCCCAUCCCCUCACCCCCACCCAGUACUGAUGCCAAUGCUACACCCAUAUAUACAGUGUAUGUAUUUGUAUAACUGGUGUGACGUUGAAAACUUUCAAUGAAUUUUAGUUUACAUUAAAUACAUGCAAACUGGAAAAUAUUAAGUACAGUAUAACAUCUAAGAGAGAAAGAAUUUUCAAAGCAUGGAAAAAUCAAAAUCACUCAAUUUCAUCUUCAGAAGUAAUCUAAUCACCGAAAAGUUAUCCAACAGGUCCAAUAUGUCCAACAGGUUCAAUUAUCUAUCAUACUUAAAAUUUUCAAGAAUAUUGACCAAGCCAUACGCAUUUUUUCAAAGUGCGUUAAUAUGGUCGAUAUCAAGGCAUUUGAAAAGAAAGGACAGGGUAGGGUUACAACCGAAUCUGGCCCCUUAUUUAAUGUAAAAAUCAGAACACUGGUAAAAUUGUGAUAUUUUGUAGUUAAGAAGGUAAAAUGAUGUUUUAAAACAAGCACUUAUUUGAAUUCAAAGCUUACAUCGGAAACCGCUAGAGGGUGUAGAAAAAGGACAUUUUCCAGAAUUUUCUCAAUUCUGGUGGAAUUUCAUCAUAUUUGGGAUACAUGUAGGAUAUGGAAAUAACGAACAAUAUUCAAUCUCAAAGUCCAUAAACAAUACAAAAUAAGAGCAGAUCAAACACGGACCCCUGAAAUAUCAGAGGUGGGAUCAGGUGCCAUGGAGGAGUGAGGAAAACACAGAGCACAAGCUUGCCUAUCUGAGAUUUUCACACAUAAACUGCAUCUGAUAUUUAUGUAUAAAAUAUAUAAAUUAGGUAGAUAGGCAAGCUAUCUUUCCGAAAGAAAAUGUGCUGUUAAAUUGAAGAAAAUUUGCAUACAGAUGAGAAAUUUAGAAAAUUGACUUAUUUUCUGACCUCACUGUGACCACUGUAUUGUAAAUCCUAAAACAAAUGCUCAUUUUGUGGUAGGGAUGACAACAGGUUUUUAUGGAUAAACUGUUGGAUCAUGCUGGAAGACACCCAAAAUGGGGGGCCAGAUAGGGGUCUUACUUCUUACUAUAUCCAGUCCUUUUUUUCAAAGUGCGUUGAUUUGGUCCCAAAAACGAGCGUUGUAACAAAGCAGGUUAAAAAAACUUCUAUAAUGUUACAUGUAUAUACUUAUGACCUCAACAGUUCUCUGUCAACGAAAUAAAAUCUCCUUCAACCCUUAGUUUUUUUCUUCAAAACUCGUCGUAGUUCAUUAUUAGAAAUUAUUUACGCCUACUAAUGUGUUUUGAACCUUUUUAACAUGUUUGCCAUAUGUUAAAAAUACGUUUGCUUUAUGUCUGAUCAUGACCAGAUGCCCUCAUUUUUUAUCUUAUUGGAAAAUAUAAUUUUUAGUAGUUUUCAAUGCACAUGUAAUACACUUUUCUUUCGAGGUCUGUAUGUGUUAAACAUUAAAAAUCAAACCAUGUUAAGUUUGGGGAAUGCUUUUAAAAUAAAGCAAAUGUGACUAUGCCUUAAGUUUCAGAUAGGAGAGCGGUUAUUUGCACAGAAUGCUUCUUCUUGGAUUUUUAAUUGCUUCCACUGCAUUUCUUUCUGAGGCAUGUCGGAUUGGAUACUAUGGUCCGGACUGUAACCAGCGAUGUAGUCCUUACUGUGGCUGGGGCGGAUCUUGUGAUGUAAACACUGGACACUGUACCUUCGACUGCCUUCCAGGACACACUGGUUUGGAUUGUAGAAACCGAUGUCCUUUUAACUGUGGUCGAUCCGGAAAUUGUGACAAGUUCUUGUCGUAUUGUCUGGAAGGGUGUAAGACCGGGUACAAAGGAAGCACUUGUGAUUUCUAUUGUCCCUUUAACUGUGGUGGAGAUGGGAGUUGUGUUCAAAAUACUGGUUCUUGUCCACAAGGAUGCAAGGCUGGGUACAAAGGGGAUUCAUGUUAUAGUUCAUGUCCCUGGAACUGUGGUGGAAAUGGAAGUUGUGCUCAACAUACGGGUUCUUGUCUUCAGGGAUGCCAGGCUGGGUACACAGGUUCUUCCUGUUUGUUAACAUGUCCUUAUGGCUGUGGUGGAGAUGGGAGUUGUAAUCAGUCGUCCGGUUCUUGUCUUCAAGGAUGCAAAUAUGGAUACUCAGGACCUCAAUGUAGUUGGAAAUUCAAAUAAUAAAAAUAUCCUCUGAGACAACAUUGAAACA